UUUGUCAUUUAUUCACUUUUCGAUAUACUUGAAUCUUAAAACAAUGCCAGUAGAAGUGCCCCCACGCCACGACAGGAAGUGUUGGAUGGUAGUAGUAUUGUUCCUGGCAUGAAAUAAGCAUCCAGUGAAUAAUAACAACAAUAAUAGUAAUAGUAGUAGUAAUAAUUAUAGUAAUAUCAAUCAUAUUCAGAAUCCCCUUUAGUUUCCAGACCCUUUUCACAUUCUUCAUUCCAACUCCCACGGGCAGCAAGGUAUCUAUGUGAGUAUUUCUUCCCAUUUUACGGAUGGAGAAACCGAGGCCCUACCAGGAGGUGAGAGGGCGCGGGCGCAGGCUCGCUGUCUGCGCCUGGUGGCCGGGCGGGACGGGGCGGGGCCCUGGAUGCUCGCAGGUGCGUAAAUCUGCGGGGGAAUCCUCGGCUCCGCCCGGGUGCGGCGAGGAAAUUGCACCAUGUAUGGGCAGCUGCGUCAGAGGGGGCGGAACCGCCGCUGUCGCUGGAGGACGCCAAGUCCUCCCUUCCCUCCCCCCCAAAAAAAGGCUGCUACGGGACGGUAGGAGGCGUCGAAAAGUUCGGGGCGGAGUGGCAAAAGUCGGUGCGCCUGGAGAGGCGGAGCCCUGAGGUGACCCGCACCGCUGCGCAAUGCCCCCACCCCCGUCGAAGUGGUUCAGCCCGAGAACUUUUCAUUCAUAAAAAGAAAAGACUCGGCGCGGAGCGAGUGAGUCAGAAGCCAAGCCGCCGACGCGGACCCCACAGUGCAGCCAGCCCAGGGCAUGUUCCGAGACUUCGGAGAACCCGGACCGAGCUCCGGGGCCGGCGGUGCGUACGGCGGCCCGGCGCAGCCCCCGGCCACAGGCCAGCAUCAGAAGUUCCACUUCGUGCCAAGCAUCAACGCUGUGAGUGGCAGCCAGGAGCUGCAGUGGAUGGUUCAGCCUCACUUCCUGGGACCCAGCAACUACCCCAGGCCUCUGGCCUAUCCCCAAUACAGUUACCCACAGCCCCGGCCAGGAGUCAUCCGGGCCCUGGGGCCACCUCCAGGGGUGCGUCGCCGGCCCAGUGAACAGAUCAGCCCAGAGGAGGAGGAGCGCCGUCGAGUGAGGCGCGAGCGGAACAAGCUGGCCGCGGCCAAGUGCAGGAACCGGAGGAAGGAACUGACCGACUUCCUGCAGGCGGAGACCGACAAACUGGAAGACGAGAAAUCAGGGCUGCAGCGAGAGAUUGAGGAGCUGCAGAAGCAGAAGGAGCGGCUGGAGCUGGUGCUCGAAGCCCACCGCCCCAUCUGCAAAAUCCCGGGAGGGACCAAGGAGAGGGACACUGGCGGCAGAGGCGGCACCAGCAGCCCACCAGCCCCUUCAGGCCCUGUGCCUUGUAUCUCCCUGUCCCCAGGGCCUGUUCUUGAACCCGAAGCAUUGCACACCCCCACGCUCAUGACCACACCCUCCCUGACUCCUUUCACCCCCAGUCUGGUCUUCACCUACCCUAGCACCCCUGAACCCUGUGCCUCAGCCCAUCGCAGGAGUAGCAGCAGCAGUGGGGAUCCGUCCUCUGACCCCCUCGGCUCCCCCACCCUCCUGGCCUUAUGAGGCACCUCAGCUCCCCUCCUUGCGGGUGCUACACUAGCCAACAUCUCCCCAUCCUUUGGUCCAGCUGGCCUGGGCCAUAUCCUGUGCCCAACCCCAGCAGGUUCUUCUCCAUCCCUCCAGAUGAGAUUGAGCAUAUUUUGCUUCCUGGGUGAGCCAGCUUGGGGCCACCAAAGCUGCCCAGUUUCUCUAGAGCUGGCCUCUCUAGCACAGUUUGCACUAAAUCAAAGAAAAAAGAUUUCCCAUUUGUGCAAGAGGACUCCUGGCAGCCCCAAAGGACUUUGUAGAUUCCUAGAGGUCCUCUGGAGCCCUAACCCCCUCCAGACCACCCCUAUAGUCUUCAUCACCCUCUUCCUGUGAUCCACCCAACCCUACCCCUUGACAAGUGAUAUGCUACCAGCCUAGAACACUAACUCACCCUGCCCCACUGCCAGCAGCACCAGGUGAUUGAAUCAGGGCAUUUUGCCGGCUCCUCUUGAAUGGCACAGCUCAAGAGGGUGCCAGAGGCUUCUGUGAUGAGCUGACCUGCAGCCCCCAGCUCUGAGAAGACUUUAGCUCCAGAGAUUCCAGGGAAUCCAAGCCUCCACCGCAAGGGCAGCUGCUAUUUAUUUUCCUAAAGAGAGUAUUUUUAUACAAACCUGCCAAAAUGGAAUAAAAGGCUUGAAGCUUUG